AAAUCUCAGACCAGACUUGCUUUGGUAACUGCAGUAUCCCUUACUUAAAAUUCGUUUUCUGUCUCAGAAGCUUCUUUCUUAGUGGAUUUGGAUUAGUGUGGAAAUAGCAGCAGCCGGUGCUAGCUAAGAUUUUUAGGAAGCUAUAGAGCGAGCCCACGCACGAGGAGCUGCAUCUGGUGCUCAGUGAUGAGGAGCUGCAUCUGGCGCUCACUGUGGAGUAGCCAGUGUGCUGCGGUUUCUUUAAAAACCCUAAUACGCCUGAAAGCCACUGUUUUAUUCACUUUGCAAUCCCUGGCCGACUAAAGCAGUCCUGCUUCCUCUGCAGGAAAAGAAGGGAAAUGCCUUAAUCAGGAACUCAGGCUGAGGAAAAAAAAAUCUUAUUGGGAGGCAGACGUGGGAAAAGCAAUCGGCAUUUGUAGUGGAUUCAUGACUUAGGAUAAAAGGGUUAUAACUUAAAAUGGAUACAAUAGAAGUCUACAGCUGGUGACAUUUAAUUAUACUCAGAUGUCCAGACAGGCAAAAAGGCGACUUUGGAUAAUUUGUAUCUUAUAAUAUGGAAGUUCUUCCCAGGAUUUUCGUGAGGUGUGUACUUUAAGGUGUGUGUAUCGACUGUACUUUUUAUGGUGCUGCGCUCCAAGGACUCUUCUGUCCUUUUGUCUGAAACCUGAGAAGUGCUCGGAAAAUGAACACAGAUUACAAGAAACCACCAUUAGCACCAAAACCAAAGCUUCUUUGUCACCUUACUUCAGUGGCAGUUUCCAGGUUGCCAGCAUCUCUUAUAUCAAGGCCAGGUCUCCUUCAGAGUCAAAAUUCUGUAACUCGAGGUCCAAAACCUCCUAUUGCUCCAAAACCAAAGUGGCCAACAGAUGCUGAAUCAAAUGCUAGUAUCCAGAAAAACAAUAAUUUAAACCGAUGUUCAAAUGGAAAGCUGAUAUUUUCUGGUGAAUACUUUGAAGAAAGCCAAUGUGAUGACAGUUGUCUUGAACCUGUUUUAGAGGCCGAAGAUGAUGAGUACAUUGUUAUCCAUGAGGAGAUGCUGAAGAAUGAAGAGGUAGAGGCAGGGGAUGAAGGUGAUGAUGAUGAUAAUGCUGAUAAUCAAGCAAACCUUCACUUUGGUUUAGACACUGAUGCUUUUUGUUUGGAAACUGCAGAUCAUGCUGAUGAACAGGAGGAUUACGAGGCCACCGACAGUGAAAAAUGUCACAUGGAUUACACUGCUGGGAAUAAAUGUACUGGUAUAAUAACUCAUUCAGAAUGGGAGGUGGCAGAAGAAGUCAGAGAUUCUAAGACUGAUGAUACUGCAGACUUACCAUUAUCCAAAGAAGCUGCUAUGUCUGAUAUUUUAGAGUGUAUGACUACAAUCUAUGAAUUAGAAUAUUUAAACUGCCCAGAUGAGAGUGGCAUGCAUUGUAGGUCAGAUAGUUUAAACAGUGAAGAGAGCCCAGGAAAUGUUAGUUAUGAAGUGGCUUUCGAAGAAGACCUUCAGACUGCAGCCCCUAUUGACAGUGAUCAGACUCUUUCAGAAGAUAUGAUUUCUAAAGAAUCUGUACCUCCAUGUGAAGAAUAUUCCAGUGAAGAGGCACAUUGCAAUCAAGAUGUUUUUCUAGAAGUAGCAGAGGAUGUAAAGACAAGAAAAUUUAGUGAUAUUGAAGAAACUGUUGAGUCUCUCAUUGAGGAUGAAACAUCUGGCCUUGAAAUUGAGCAGGAAGAUGAAAGUGAAGGAACUAGUGAUUUAUACGAUGAUCAGUCACUGUGUAUCACAAAUGAUCUCUGUAACAGUGAAAUUGAUGAAACAAGUGAAAAAGAGGGAGAAGUGUAUUUGUAUAAUAAAACAGAUGACUCAGAAAAAAAACAUACUUUUCAAUAUAUGAGUGACUGGAAUAGCAAGUUUCAAGCCUAUGCCCACGUGUUGCAAGAAGCAGGACUUUUUGAGAAGUCUCCAGAGAUGAAUGUUUGGAAAGACAUUCAUUUGACCAACUGUAAACCUUAUGAUAAUGAGGAGCUAGCUUCAGCUGAAUCCGAUUCAGACAUAGCAGCUUCUAAUAGCGAAUGUAUUCCACGAUUAGCAGGUAUGGAGAUAACUAAUGAAAUUGAUCAGCUUGCAGAUGAAGGCAGCUCCUUUAAAACUGCUAUUAAAAACCCAAGCAGUGAAUGCAGUUUUAAUGAGUAUACAUGUCGAAAUGAUGCAGUAAAUAAAGGAAUGGAGGGAAUAGAAAGCCCUUCUAAAGGCUUCCGUGCAGAAGAAAGUAGUGAUGAAGGCAUUGAAGAAUGUUCCGUUGACGAUGAAGCUAGUGAACUGUGUCACAUGAUGACCAGCCACUGUGUUUCUUUUGACUGCAAAAAUGAUUUUGUAGAAAAUACCCUUUUGGAAGAGGAAGCGCCUGAAGAUCUUAUGGGUCUCAGAAGGGAUUACACCACAGAUGAUAGCACUGAGGGAAACCUAGAAAACAUUUCUGAAAGUGAAUCAGCUGAUGUACAUAGUGAUCUUAUGGAGGGCAGCUUGGUAGAAUACAUCACUGAUGUAGACAUCAAGGAAACAGCUGCUGACACUGGACAACAUGGAGGGAGUGAAUGUACUAGUGUAGGAAUCAUACAAGAAGACCUAGUAGAAGGUACAAGAGAUGAGUCUCUGGGAGAUGAGAGAGACUGUGUCACUGCAACAGACAUGGCUGAUGAAGACACGGCAGAAGAAGUUGCUCCAAAUGACCCAAGUAUAAAACACAGUGAUGUUUCAGAAUGCUGCACAGAUGAAGAAAGUAACACAGCUGCAGAAUGCUGUCAGGAACAAGCUGUGCUGCUGCAAGAGGAAGUAGGGGAAAGUUCUUCUCAUGACAUAGCAGGUGACAAUGUCCUUGAAGAAAUUAGAGAGGAAGAACAUGGUGAAGAAACAGUGGCCUGCAGUACAGAAGGCACUGUAUCAAGAGAGAGUCCAUAUUGCCUUGAUAAUCAAAUCAGCCUUGUUGAGCCAAUAACUGUUACUGGCCAAAGUGAUGUUAAGGAAGUUAGUCAUGCAACAGAAAUGAUCAAAGAAAAUUACCUUGAUAAAGAAAAUAAGUAUCCUGAAGAAACAGAACAGACAGAAAAUGUUUAUGUACUCUCAUCCAGUCCCUGUUUCAGGGUAGCUUGGCAACACCCAGAAUCCAUAGAUGAAAAUCCAUAUGAAACAACAAUGCCAGAAUACAAAGUAGAAGGGGACAAUAAAGAGCAGGAAAACAUUAAAACUGAUCGCAUGUACUUAGAUGAAUAUAAUUUUGAAACUGAUGGCAAUAUUUUGUCUGUUGAUCGAAAAUCUAUUGUAACACGGACACGAUCCUUGUCUGGUAAAAUACCAGGAAAUGUACCUGAAACAGUCCCUGAGGAAGCAGGUCCUGAACUAGAUUCCCAGUUGUCUAAUGAAAACCCCUAUACAGAAACUGCAAAUGAAUAUGAGAUUGAGCCAGAACAUUAUACAGAAUCUAACAAGCUAGUAUCUGGUAAAACAAGGCACUUUCUGUUAUACCCUCGUUCUUACUCUGUGGAAGGUAGAGACAUUUCAGUGUCAGUAUAUAGUGAAUCGGAUGGCUCACUGGAUGAGACUAGAAUCAAAAGAAAAGAUGACAAUCUCUCUCUGCCUUGUGUAAUUGGCUCCUCUGGUAGCUUUUCUCAAAGGACCCACAUCAGUUCAAGUGGCAUGUCCACACCAUCUUCAGUUGUCGAUAUCCCACCUCCUUUUGAGUUGGCUAGUAUCACUAAGAAACCAAUUACUAAAAGUUCACCAUCACUUUUAAUAGAAAAUGACUCUCCUGAUAAGUAUACAAAAAAGAAGAAGUCAUCUUUUAAGAAAUUUCUCACACUGAAAUUCAGAAAAAAGACAGAAAAUAAAGUGCAUGUGGAAGUCAAUGUUUCCUCUUCUAGAUCCUCCUCUGAGUCCAGUUAUCAUGGACCUUCAAGAGUAUUAGAAAUAGACAGGAGGAGUUUGGGCAGUUCACCACAGCUGAAGUCACGAUCUGGUAAGGUACAUGCUUCAGAUUCCCCAUCUGCUUUCCUCUUGUCUAAAGAUGGUAAAAGAAAAGGACCACCCAGGACAUUCUGCCGGAGUAUAGUGAGGGUAGAAUCAUUUGAAGAUCAUUCCAGGCCUCCUUUCAUGCCACUUCCAUUAACAAAACCAAGGUCUAUUUCUUUUCCUAAUGCUGAUACUUCAGAUUAUGAGAAUAUCCCUGCUAUAAAUUCGGAUUAUGAAAACAUUCAGAUCCCCCCUAGGAGGCCCACUAGACCUGGGACCUUUAUAGAAUUUUUUGAGGAUCCUAGUAGGGCUCUUGCUUCUGCCAGUGAAAAUGAUGGCUAUGUGGAUAUGAGCAGCUUUGCAGGAUUUGACACCAAGCAGCAAACACCAGAGCAAGAAACAGAAAGUGCCUAUACAGAACCAUACAAAGUGUGUCCUAUUUCUUUGGUCCCCCUAGAAGAUGUGACAUCUGAUGAAGAUCAAGAUAAAAGCUCUGGAGAUGAAGGAAGUUGUCAGGGUGAGCAGAGCCUAGACAAGAAUGAUGGACAGCCUUACCUUAUUGCAAAAGAAUUGGCGACUACAGAGAAAAUAUACACAGAGAUGCUAAAGAUGUUACAUGUUGAUUUACGAGAAUCCAUAAGUACAGCAACUGAUGAAGAUGGUGGAGCAGUGAUAGCAGAAGAGAAUCUGAACCAGGUUCUGUGCCAGUUACCACAUCUUUGCAGUCUGCAUCAGGAAAUACUGAAUGAAGUGCAGGAAAGAAUAAGUAACUGGGAGGAGCAUCGAAAAAUGGCUGAUAUCUUUCUCUCACGAGCAUCACAAUUUAAUGUUUACAAAGAGUAUAUUGCACAGUAUGACAGCAAUGAGGCAUUGUUUGAUACAUGCUGUUUGAAGUCCCCUCACCUCAGAAGAGUAAUCCAUCAGUUUGAGAGAAGACCAGGCUGUAGAAAGAUGAAUAUAAAACAUCUGUUGAUGAAAGUUGUCCAGAGAGUGCUCCAGUAUCGUUUGCUGCUUACAGAUUACUUGAAUAACUUAUGUCCAGACUCUGCUGAGUACGAAGAUACACAAGCUGCCUUGGUUGUCAUCUCAGAAGUCACAGACCAGGUUACAGACAGCAUGAAGCAAGGGGAAAACUUGCAGAAGUUGGGGCAUAUAGAAUACAGUGUCAAAGGCCAGAAUGACCUUCUUCAGCCAGGAAGGAUGUUCAUAAAAGAAGGAACACUGAUGAAGAUCUCUGGAGAUAAGAUACACCCUCGGCAUUUGUUUCUGCUGAAUGAUGUACUGCUCUACACAUAUCCACAGAAGGAUGGAAAGUUCAGACUCAGAAGUACAUUUCCUAUCUCAGAUUUAAAGAUCACACGUCCAUUGCUAGAAAAAGUGCAAAAUGUACUGAAGAUAGAAUGUGCUAAGCGCUGCCUUACACUGUCUGCCAGUUCAUGUUCAGAAAGGGAUGAGUGGUAUAACUACAUCGGCAGGACAGUGCAGGAAUACGCUCGUGCCCAGAAUGCAUCUAACUGUUAUGCUAAUAUGGAGGCAAGAGAACCAGUGACAGUGAGUCUUGGGGAUAGGCCUCCUACCUUUACACCUGUCUCUUAUGCCAUGAUGUGUAUGAACUGUGCAUCAGACUUCACGCUUACCUUAAGGCGCCAUCACUGCCAUGCAUGUGGAAAGAUUGUGUGCCGAAACUGCUCAAGGAACAAAUGCCCUCUCAGCUAUCUUAAGGAUCGCCCAGCCAAAGUCUGUAAUGAAUGUUAUGCAAAACUCACAAAAAGAGAAAUGUCAGAUCCGAGAGAAAAUCACCCACCAUCCAAAUCAUCAAGUAGUGCCUUUUCAUCCAUGUUUCACAGUAUCAGCUACUCAUCACUCAGGAAACCCAAGAAAAUACCAUCAGCUCUAAAGCAGGCUGCAGCAUCUGGAGAAGGUUCUUCCAUGAAAGGCUACCUCCACCGGUGUAAACGAGGAAAGAAACACUGGAAAAAACACUGGUUUGUCAUCAAAGACAAAGUAUUGUACACUUAUGCAGCUAAUGAGGACAAAAUAGCAUUGGAAAGCCUACCUUUACUGGGUUUUGGGAUUACACAGACAAAAAAAGAAGGAAAUGUGGAACCCGGCUCUGUAUUCCAGAUCUACCACAAGGAAACACUGUUUUACAGCUUCAAAGCUGAAGAUCCAUCUUCCGCACAGAGAUGGAUGGAAGCCAUGAGAGAAGCUUCAGUGUUAUAGCAGUCAUUUUCAAGAGGACUUAAAAUUAAGAUAAAAACAAAUAUCUUGUCAUACCCCUCAGUAUGGAUUUGAGCAAUUUCCAUCUUAUUUUAAGGCUACUGUAUACUGGAACUCACUUUUCUACCCACGCCUUUAUUACUUUUUUAUCUAUCAGAGGAAAAGUGUGUUCUAAAGUUGACUUUUUGCUUGGUAUCUGUACAAGAAAUAUGCGCUGAUCAUGAACUAUGCUCCAGCCACUUUGCUACAGGUUCUAGUUUUAUAUGUGACUGGAUAAAUUCAACCUUCUGGAAAAGAGCUGAAAGGAUGCUCCAGUUUUUCUCAAGCCACAUCAACAGUCUGUAUCCUGGCAUAAAGUAAUUUCUGGAGUAA